ACCAUUUCACUCCGCUCCACUGUGCGCGUAAAAUAGACAACGGGCUCCAAAAAAAAAAGGAGAGAGGAAGAGUAAGAAAUCUAGAGAGACAGAGAAAGAGAGAGAGAGAGAGAGUCCUUGAAUUGCCACUUAAAGCAAUUGGCUAUGUCCAGCGCUCAGUUUUCGCAAUAUUUUCCUUGUACAACUAUCUAAAGGUUGGCACACUCUCAUGGUUUUAUCUCCCGUAGGAUGGGAUUAACUUUGUCCGGAAGAUACAUCUCACUGGUGCUGGCUGUACAAAUAGCGUAUUUGCUCCAGACUGUUGGAGCGUCGGGGAAAUGUGACACCGUGUUUAAGGGCUUCUCAGACUGCCUGCUUCAGCUGGGAAACAACAUGGCCAGCUAUCCACAGGAUCUGGACGAGAAGGAGAACCUGCAAACCAUCUGCACAUAUUGGGACGACUUCCACUCGUGUGCCACCACAGCACUGGCAGACUGCCAGGAGGGAGCGACGGAGCUGUGGGAGAAACUCAAGAAGGAGUCCAGAAACCUGGAGUUUAAAGGCAGUUUGUUUGAACUGUGCGCUGGAGGAAACGACGCCAGCACACCAUCAGCCUCUCCAACCGGGCUCACCAUGCUGCUCAGCUCCCUCUCCGUUCUGCUCACAUGGAUCCAGUUUUAGCGCACAACAUGAAACCGAGAAGAUCAACACAAAGACAUUUUUAGCUCACACGAAAAGAAGAAGACGGGAAACCUUGGGUGGGGGGGAUAAAAAAAAAAGAAGAAGAAGAAAACAACAACAGAGUGCUCUAUCACCAUGACCAUAUCAAGAAAAAUAAAUAAUAGCCUAAAAUAUGACGAUCAGAAAUCACAUUAAGCCAAAAUGGAAUUAUUACAGCGCCUCAUCUGGAGAAGACGACUUGGUUCUGCUGUAGACAAUGGCAAUAAGGCGUCUUCAGGGAAUGCUCUCCAUCUGCCUGACCUGGGAGUCCACUUCAUCAAAUAUUUAACAGAUGUCGAUUGAAAAUCACGGUCAUUUUUUUUGAUGAUCAGUUUGUGGAAAUACAUUAACGCCUGCAAACCAAGUAAUUAUAACUGUAGGCUUGAUAAUCUAUCAUGCAUAGAAAAAUAAAUAUCCUGACACACACACACACACACACACACACACACACACACACACACGAGCCAAAUUACACUCCACCGGCAGGAGGUGUUCAGUUAUUGUCAAAUAUUUGGAUUUUUUUUAUUUGCCAAAUUUAUAACGCCAACAUAAUGUUAUAAUGGAGAAAAACGCGUGAACACUGCAGAAAACAGAUAGGGGACGAAGGAAAACACUCCAAUAUUUUGAUUGCCAUCUCUAAUAAUGGUAGAAAGAUAACACCACUAAUAAUAAAACCUCAGGAAUGAUUUUAGGCAUUUAAAUGGAUAGUUCAAUCGAACAGGUUAAUGCGGCUUACAGUGAAUGAAAGCUAGGUACUUAUUAUGUGCAUAUUGCACAAUGCUAAUUGGUGGCUGUUCACUUUCAUACACUGUUAGCAACAUUAGCAUUUUUGAUGGAAUUGUUCUUUAAUCGAUGGUAGAUUGUAUGUUCUGUAAAGAUAGAAAAAUUGGGAAAGAUGUUAGAAGUCAAAUGUAGCGAGAAAUAAUGGUAAAUGAUUAGACUGUUGACCAGUGUUUCAACCAUUCCAAGAUUUAUUUUUAUUAUUUUUUUAAACAAAAAUUAUUUAGGGAAUUAUUUAAGGAGGGAGAGAGAGAGAGAGAGAGAGAGAGAGAGAGAGAGAGAGAGAGAGAGAAAGAGAGAGAGAGAGAGAGCGAUACGCCCAAAACCGCAUACCACCGUACAAAAUAAAUAAACAAAUAAAUAAUUAUAAUAUUUUCAUGAUAAAUGCAUAAUUGAGUGUUAUGACGUCACAGUACAGGUAGCUUUACGUACAGGUUAGACCCGAAAAUGCUUAAGUGAAAAUGAAGUGGUGAAUGUUAAGUUUUACCUUCUAUACGUUCUUUUGUUUGUGUUUUUUAUUUAAUUUACUUUACACAAGCAUGUGUUUUGACAAAAAAAAAAUAUGACAGCAUGUCAAAAAAAAAAAAGUGCAGCACUGCGUGUUAUUAUUUCACGCAUGCGCAGUACUAAAGCAAAAAUCCCGUGUAGUACAGUAGUAUGCAGUUUUGGCCGUUGGCUAACGUAGCACGAUAUUACAGAGGAUGAGACUUUACCGGCUGGUUAAAGUGGAUAAAGUGAAGUUAGCUAGCUGUGGGCUGCUAUCUGAUGUUGCCAAGGCAUCUCGUUUCACUGCCUUCAGAAAACAGUGUAUUUUAUUUGUUUGUUUGUUCGUUUUGUUUCUCCAGGGGAUGUUACAUAUAAAUAAAAAUAUAUAUAUAUAUAAAUAUAUAUAUUUCAAAUACCAUACGAGUAUAAAAUUAGAGACGAAUUAUGGGAGGAGAGUUUGAGAUAAAGAGUUAUACUUUAACAGAAACAGUUUUAAAACAGAUUGAUAUACAGGUAUAUAAAAGAUUGCUAAUAAAAGAGGCAUAAAAAAGCAUUAAAUUGAGUUACUGUUUGAAAAAAAAAAUGCAUGGUCUGUUUUG